AUGUUGAUAACACCCGAAAGUAAAAUCAUUGCGGCGAAGUAUCCUUCGACGACAUAUGAUGGUUUGAAUAGCGUCAUAGGAAAAAGUAGGCUACCAGUCAGUAGGUCGGACACAGCAAGGGACAGAAUCAACCAAUUUGUGUAUGUGCGAAGGAUUUUGUUGAAGCAAACCAGCGUGACAAUAACAGCAUUCGAGAGAACUAUAAGAACUGACAGAGCACCGAGAAUGAUGGUUAGAUAAGUACCUUCAGUUUUUUUUUCCAUACGGUUUUUCUUUCGCUGAUAUGUUGAGCGAAAGUCGGUUUACACGGGUAGUUACUUUCACUUUGAAUUAGAUCUUUCUAAACUAAACGGAACCUUCGUGAAGUUGUACUAAUGCGUCGUAUUAGGUUACUUGUUCCGCUGUGAGCGGAAUGAAUCUCUAACAAACCGGUAUUUUCGAUUUUUUCAUGUAUGUUUUAUUCUAAAUUUUCUGUCAAUGUAUGACAUUUAAAUGGAUUAAAAAGUAAACAUCAGUAGCGCGCGAAAUCGAUCAGUUUAAUUCAAUCGUAGUUUUCUGGUCAGUUUAUGGAAAAGUGUCGAAGUGAGAAAUUACAAGACGAAAACGAAAGCUCUUUACUUAAUUUGAUUCAAUGGCAGUUUCUACAAACAACAAAUACAAUUAAAAACCUGGAGGGAGCCUUUUUAUGGUCUGCAUCUAAUUUAAACUAUUGCAUCGAAUAAGAAUAGAAUUCAUUUCAAAAAGGUUUUUGUUUUGUCUUACAUUUAGAAAACCUACUGGGUCUGAACUCUUAGACUGGAAAUAUUAAAUACAAAUUUUCAAAUUUUCGAGUGACUCAUGAAGUACCAGGAGUUCUUCUGUGUCUUAAUUGCAAGUUCUUCACCAUGCGUAAUAAAUAUAUGUUCUUGUCUUUUUAUGCGAAAACGUUGACUUUGUCUUGGAAACUGGAAAAUAUAAGCACUGCUUUUGUGCCUUCAUGAGCGGCAUUUUCACUCGCAACUUCCCCAAAGAAGUGUUGAACUUUUAUUUUUUGUGACAGCAAAUGUUCUUGUUUGGGGAAAUUGGGAACAGAGAAAAAAGGUUGUUCUUCUGUGCCGGAUGUUGAAUGACUUUUCGGAAGGCGCAGUUUAUAUGCAGGUGAUAACUGGGAGCUCUUAAAAUUUGUUUUCAGUGCAUGUAUCCAUUUUAAAGCACCACACAUCCUGCUCUGCGCAUAACAUCACCCAGAACUCCUUGCGAAUACGCGCACAUGCAAGCCAAUAACAGGGCGGAUUUUGAUUUUUAGCUGUAUGGUGGUCUUUUGUUCUGAAGGACUAAAACUGCGACCUUGAAAACAACGAAUUUACGCCGUUUGAAAAUGUGUAUUCUUUUUCCAAUGUAUUUAUGUAUUACAUUGUUAGAUUUGCCAUUUUACCCAGAGUCGCACUUGCGAUAUAUUGCCCACUACAUCAGAAAAUUGUGGUAGGAAGGCUUGAGGUGUAAUAUGGAAGACUAUGUUUUUUACAAAAGAAUAAAGGGGUAAGUUUCUAAAGAAACUGUGGUGCCGCGUCGGUGGGAGAGUAUAGCAGGUAAUUUAGUGUCAACAACUGGGUUGAAAACGUAAAUUAGCCACCGUAAAGAGUAAAAAAGCUGACGUUUCGAGCGUUAGCCCUUCGUUAUUACAGAUCGAUAAUUUUUCGCUACAGCAAUUAGAUGUCCCAAGAACAAUAGGCAUUCUGCGCGAUAAAUAAUUUGAUGGGUGGGGAAGGAGGGGGGGGGAGAGAUUGCACUAUCAAUUGUCUUUUUAUGCGGUCCUUGCAAUGUAUCUUCUUACUUUUCUUAGAAUGUUUUCCGCCAUAUAGGUUGUGGAGAUUUCAAACAUCAAAGUCUUUUGAAUUAAUUCAAGGUAAUCGUGAUACAAAUUGACAACGAAUUUUUCAAAUUUCAAAUACACGCACAGCAAAAUGACAUGAGCAAUACGUGCCUCAUCUUAUAGAUAACUUUGAUGAUUGUUAUUUGUUCCACAGUGAUUGUUAAUGAUGGUGAGAUAUUUUGCGUUUCCACAGAAACUGUCAAGCCGUGCGGGAUUGUGGUGGCCUGAAAACGAUGUGUGAAUUGGUCACAGUGACUUACAGAGAAAAUGUUCUAGAGCGCACAAUGUGGGCGCUAGGAAACUUAGCUAUCGACAAUAAGUAAGUCGAUCCUUUUUUUCUUGUUUUAUUGUUUGAUAACUCAGGCUUCAUUGAUUGCUGAUUGUAAUACAGGGUUAGAUUGGUUCAAACUCCCCUUUGUAGUAUGAUUGGUCGUGAAACCUCGCGCCAACGUCAACCAAUCAGAUGCAAAGUAAAACGAGUCGAGUGUUCGUCACCCACGUUUUCCCGCUUUACAGUUAGUUAGGUUGCUUUUACAUUGAUUCCUCAUUUGCUUUUCGUGGUAGGUGUUUACCAUUGUUCUCUCUGGUCAUUUAUGUCCAUCGAAAUGCGCUUAAUUUUCAAUCAUGCAUAUGGAAUGCAAUGCUAAGGUUCAAUGAUGUCAGAUGCUGUAUUUAUUUCUUGUUUUUCUCAAUGCCAUCGUCAUUGUUUAUUUUUUAUCUAUUUGUUUUUGUUGUCUUAUUUAGGAAUCGCAAUUUCAUUCGACAAUAUGGAGGCCUUGAGAACAUUUGCAAAAAGUUGCAAGAAUCAACCUCACAGCAGGUGAGAUCAUAAAUAUGAACAGAGGGACCAAACAUUGAAAUGAGUACUGCUAUGCGGAAAUGUUGGCUUUGGUCAAAAUUGAAAAUUUUCUCAGAUAAAUUUGUCUACGUAUAUGUCCCUUCUGUAUUCUCGGAGCUCAUAGUUUUCAUGUAAACUUCGCCUCGGCAGUGUCAGACUACUCUCGGCAGUUUUAAGCCAAUCACGCAAAGUUAACAGCUCUCCUUCUGAACAAAAGGCCAUUGUACACUUUUUUCUUACCAGAUCAUAAAGCAAGGUGCCCUGACGCUUAAAACUCUGGCGAGUAGUAAUCAACACAAUAAGGAUGUUAUGGUCAGACUGGGGAUGAUUGGUACACUUCGAAGGUUUGUAACACAGUGUUCUCAUGGGGGGGACUCAGCUUCUUCCUUGCUCCACGUUCUUGACAAUGUACUUUUACACAAUUUUCUGUCUUUUCUUUUUAGUUUAAUGACAAAUGAGCAGCAAAGUUUAGGUAUCAUUCCUCGCGGUGUGUGUGGCGAUCUACUGCAGCGUCUUCUUGGCUCAGCAGCUGGAAACAUCCAUAUAACAAGCUCAACCACUACAGCACCUGACGAUAGAACCCAGGAAUGUGCGAUCGCUUCUGGCAUAAUCGUAAAGCAAGAACCUGAGAUGAGAUCAGUCAAUGGUCUGGUGCAGAAUGGUGAUAUUGACAAUGAAGAUGACGAUGACUUAUCCCCUCUGGGUGGGGAGGACAGUAACGAGAAAAAUGAGAGGAUUCCGUCUGCGAUGAUCACACCAGCACCAAAUACUUCUGAGAACCUUUCCCCGAGGGAAAAUUUCUCUCGGCCGGAGACGACAGGAAAUGCUGCAGCUAGGUCUACUGUAAGCGUUGGGCCUCGUGCAGAAGAGAAUGAUUUAGACCCAUUUAGGUGAGCUGGUUUUAAAAAUUGCAAUUGUGAGAAGACUGUUUUUGAAUGAGAACAAAGCUUUGGACGUCGGGAUUGAAGAAUCCAUGUUUGGGCUGGGGUCUCCAGUUACCGACUUUCUGAACCUCCCCCCCCUCUUUAGUGAGCACCGCUCCCCCUUCCCCAUCCCCUGGGAAAAAACUGUAACAUUAAAACGCCACUGGCAAUCAAUCAAAAUAUCAAUGCUGUAGCCAUGGUUAUACCGCAGUAAUGUUCUUCUCUUGGGUUGGGUAGCGUGUCAGUUCCAAAUAUUUUUUACAAUUUCAAGCAUGUACCAGUUUCCGUUUGAGACAUUGGUAGGUUUAAUGAACAAAUAAAUACAAAUUACAUGCACUUGCAUUUAGUCGUGAGUGGAAACCUGGAGGAGUAAUAUAUCCCGGAGGCUUAUUAAAUGUAUUGUGUGUUUUUUUUUAGGACAUACUGUAUUUUGUUUUAAUAUUAUGUUCAGCGUCAACUGUUUCGUUUUCGGUCGCGGAGGACACACAGUCUGUAAAAGGUGGCCCUAAUCCUACAAUCAGUUGUCGCAUCAUGUUUGAAGAGUCCAAUUUAUGAGUAGAGUAACACUUCUGUUUCCUACAAUCAGUUGUCGCAUCAUGUUUGAAGAGUCCUAUCUAUGUGUAGAAUAACACUCUUGUUUCUACCACGCUAGAAAUUACUGAUAAGACCUCCCCUCCUCUAUUCAAUGUCGCCUGUAUGAAGCUAACGGUUCAUGGAAUCACGACACAACAUUUUUAUGAAGGGGAGGGGAGGGGGCGGCGAAUAGGUAAACUUAACAAGGGCAAAAGAGACAAAAUUGAAGUAAGAGGGUCUUGAAAAGGUCAAUGUGUCAAUGUUGUCGCCAAUUGUAGGUCUAGACCAUCGCAAUGUUCACAUCCACCCCUUGAAAAUAACUUGGUAUUGGCAGAUAAACAAGGUAACCUGACCGAUGUUGGAGUAUGGGAAGGGGAAAAACUUCUGAUUGUUCUAACAUCUCACACGUGGGUAGGAAAACUGCUCUUAACUCGCUUAAAUAUACAUAAGUAAGAAUCCUUUUAACAAUUUGAAAUUAGUAUUUUCUUGCCCCCAUUUAAAACCAUGAUGAUUUAUAUAUUUUCCAGCGUGCAUCCGAAAACAGUGUGGUCACAAACGAGAGAACUGGUGCGAGUUUGUGUGAAGCUGCGUGGAGUGGAGAGACAGCAGACCGAGAUAACUGCGAGCAGGCUCAAGUUUAGGUAAGUUUGGCAGCAUUUGAGUUUCUUCAUUCAAAAUCAUCUCCCUCGAAGAUGACUCUUCGAUUAGUCCACUUUAAGCAAAUAGUCACGAAAGACAAGGAACGUCUUUGAAGAGAGAAUUUUUUAAUUGGGUCAAAACUACAUUUUACAGGUUGUUUUUUUACUGUAAUAUUCGAAUCCUCAGGGGACAUUCUAAUAUUGUUAUGUUGCGCACAUAUCCCAAUUUACCAUGCACACUUGUUGAUCCCAGCAAUAUGCAGUUCGCCUGUCAUAUGCGAACCUAGUAAAUGACCAAGCAUGCUUCCGAGUAUUUUUGAAUGCAAGAGUGGAGCAUUCCACCGAGAAUUCCGACGUUCUGAGCAGGGUUUAACGAAAGCCGAUUACAGGCGAUGUACCGCCGCUCAAACGACCUCUCAUCGCCGUGUGUUUCAGUAGCUUACGAGAAGGUUCUCGUGUGUGGGUUUCUCCUUAGGGGGUAGCAGCCUGUUACACCAUCGGCCGCCGUUUAUGGAAAAGGUUCUUGAAACCCGUAGGAGGUUCGACCCCCACACGAGGUGGUGACAAAUGGGAAAUUUUUUUAAGUAAACAAACUCAAAGUUUUCCCACUUCGUAACCCUGUGAUAAUGCAUUUUGGUUGUGUCUUUGUAUGUUUUUUUUGUGAUAUGAUUAAUGUUUUCUUUCACUAGUACACAGCUAAGACACGUAGUUUAUGAACUGGACAUGGAGCUAUUAGAGGAGAUUGAUCCUGAGGUAGGUCUGAGGUCUUUUCGUUGACAGUCUCUCUGUUUUCAAUUUGCGGUGUUGUUAAUUCUGUUCUCUCGCUGGAUGAUUGCAGCAAAGUACUGUAAUUGUCAAGGGCUCGGAGGUACAAAUUUUACUCAAGAAAAGAAACCAUGCCGUGUGGACGCGGUUGUUGAAGAGCAAAGAAAAGGUAACAUAUACAGUAGAACAUGUAAUUUGUUCUUAGUCAACAUGGAUUGACCCUCAUAGUUUCUCUUUUUUCUUUCUGUUCGUUUAUUGACUUGCUUUUUGUUUGUUUGAUUUCUUUCAGUUGCCUUACGUCUCCAUUGACUUUGAUCGUUGGGAAGUAUGGUCGUCAUCGGAGGAGGACGAAACCGAAGAUGAUGUAAACUUCCGAGCAGCGCCGACGAACCCGGAAAAUUCCCAUCACACCUCAGAGGAUAGUAGAGAAGGAAGGAAACUGGUAUUAUUGCCUGAAAUGCUUGUCAGUGGUUCGGAGUCCGAUACUGAUGAAACCUUGCCAUCUGAUGUGGAUUGCUUAAAAUUCUAUUAG